GUACUUGUGAACUGAGUGAACACGUCACCCUUGGUAUUCUUCCAGCUUCCAGGCUCUACGCCGCUUCUAGCGCCCCGAUACGCGGCGCCGGCGCAGGCGUGCAGCCAUGGCGAUGAGCUGGAUCCGAUCGGUUGUUAGGAGGGCCCUCAUCGCUCCGAAGCCGCGGGGCUCCCGCCAGUUUACUGUCACCGCCGCCGGCGGCGGCGCGACGCAGACCGAAAGGGUGGCGGCGGAGAUGGUCCGCUACGCCCUCGGCGGCGCCGUGCACCGGAGCUCGCCAGAGGAGGCGAUGCGGAUACUGGAGCAAGGCGCCUCGAACCUGCAGGGAGGAGGCGAGGGCAGUGCCGAAGCUGUUGGGUUGCUCAUGCUCGCUAUGUCCACGCUGCUUUACCGGAGUGGAAGACGUCAAGACGCAGUGGAAAAGCUCAAAGCAACCCAACAAGUUGCCCCUUCUGCAGUUUUUAGAGUUGCAGCGUGGGAAGCACUAAUGGGAUUACACAUGGAGGCAGGGCAGGAGAUGUCAUACUUGAUUUCCCCAAAUGAUUCAGUUGAUCUGUCAAUCAAAUAUGAUAGCAAAUGGUCUGAUCAGGACCAUCUUAAAUUUCGGGUUAAUGCUGUCAGAGGACUUGUUACACUUCUGAAUGGAGAAACAGAAUCAGCUGCCCAGCUGUUCGAUGGUUGGUGCAGAGACUUUUCUAGAGGCGAAAACCAAACAGAAAAUGCUGCCGUUUCAUACGGUGAAUAUUUGCAUUGUGUUGGGGAUUUUCAAAUGGCAGCACAAGUGUAUGAGAAAAUUCUCGAGGCAUUUUGCAUGGAUGAUAUGUCUGGAAACCUUUUAGCAGCUGGAAACAUGGUUCCCGAGGAGGCUUCUCUUGGGGCCACUUGCUCAUAUGGCCAGCUUUUAUCUCACUCUGGGAAGUUUGCUGAGGCAGAGGAUUAUCUCACAAGAGCUCUACAGAAGGCUGAAGAACAAUUUGGUGCAAACCACCCAAAGGUCGGCAUUAUAUUGACCUGUGUAGCUAGAAUGUACAAACUAAAGGCAAAAUCUGAAGGUUCUACUUCAAUUAUGGUCCAGGAGGGGCUGUACAGGAAGGCCCUAGAAGUAUUGAAAGCCCCUGCUAUUAAUUCUGAGGGUAAAAACAACGAUCUCCUAUCAAUGAUAAGGUGAGUACGCGGAGCUGUUAUUAAUUCAGUCUAAUAGGAAGGCGGAAGGUGAACGGAUGAAGCAGUGGGCAGAAGAUGCUUGGAGGAACCGUAGGCUAACGCUAGCACAAGCUCUAGAGUUUUCAGAACCUUCAAAGCCGACUGUCGUUGUUGACACCCGAAUCGGCAGGGUCGUGUAGCUUCAGUCAACAAUCUCGUGAGAUGCACAAAUGAAGCAAUCCGUGGAUGCACCUCGUGUCGUGUAUAUUUUCGAAAGUGUUGCUCCUUGCGGGCUGCAUCCGGUUUGAUCCGUUCAAGUCCCAGCACACUCGCCUGCUUGUUUUUCAUAUCACCUUUUUGAAUAGGGGGACAUUCGAGGAUCACAAAGCUUGUGCAUGUGAUCACUUUAAACAUUUAAUAGCAUAUGUAUAUGUUAUUGUACACAGAAUAACACCACUUAAAGCAUCUUUACAUUUUGA